UCAGUUUCUUUCUCGGGAGCUGAGAAGUGCCAAUUUCGAAAAUUGACAGUCAUAAUGGCUGCUGAAACAUCUUGGAUUUGGAGUGAAUGGUUUUGGCUACCAUCUAAUGUUUCAUGGUCAGACCUUAAAAACACUGACAAGGCCGUUUAUCCCCGGAUUAAUGAUCUUUCUGUAAUUUUUCCGUUAGCCGUUGCUCUUCUUCUCAUCCGCACUGCUUUCGAACGAUGUAUCGCCACACCCCUUGGGCUCCUAGCUGGAAUAAAAUCCAAGAACCAUUAUGACGCAACACCCAGCACCAUCCUUGAGAAGGUUUACAAGACAGUCUCAAAGUGCCCAGACAGGAAGCGUCUUGAGGGACUGGCCAAACAGCUCGACUGGUCGGUUAGAACAAUAGAAAGAUGGUUCAGAUGGAGACGAAACCAGGACAGACCGAGCAUGCUGGUUAAAUUCACAGAGACAAGUUGGAGGAGUGUGUUUUACAUUGCCUCAUUCAGCUAUGGUAUGUACAUCGUUCCCACUCAGCCAUGGUUCUGGGACCUUAGACUAUGCUGGCAGCAUUUUCCAUUCCAUCCGGUGACAACAGAGAUCUACAACUACUACAUGAUCGAGAUGUCUUUCUAUCUCUCUCUCAUUCUAUCUCUCUUUACCGAUGUGAGGAGAAAGGAUUUUGUUCAACAGUUAAUUCAUCAUUUUACAACUAUCUUCCUGAUGGGUUUCUCCUGGACGUGUAACUUCACCAGGGUUGGAUGUAUCGUCUUGGUAACGCAUGAUGUAGCAGACAUCUUCCUAGAGACGGGGAAGAUGUUUAAAUAUGCUCAGUUUGAGGCUGGUGCUAACUCCAUGUUCGGUGUGUUCACUGCUGCCUUCUUUCUGUCACGCAUGCUCUUUUUCCCGCUCUGGAUCAUCUACAGUGCUAUCUUUCAUUCUCUUGAGAUCAUCGGACCUUUCCCUGCGUACUACCUAUUCAAUGGACUCCUGAUCAUUCUUCAGAUCCUCAAUAGCUUCUGGUUCUUCCUCAUCGCCUGCAUGGUGUAUAGGGCCCUCGCUCAUGGACAGGUUACAAAGGAUGCAAGGAGCGAUGUGGAGGAAAGUGGCUCGGAAAGCGAAGAAAUGGAAGAGACAAAUGGGAAAAUGAAUCACAACCACAACUACACCAAUCACAUCAAUUCCAAUUCCAACUACAAAGCAGUAGCCAAUCACCACUGAGCAUCGUUUGAAUUCAUCCAAUCAGGAUGGGGCAUCGGGGUGAAAGCAAUCUCAACAUGCUAAUUUUUUACUCCACAGAGGGGAUCGAUGUAGAAGCCUUUAGCCAUUCCGAUCGCCAUUCAGCAUCAUUUGAAUGCGUCUAAUCAGGAUAAUUUCUUGAUUAUGUUUAAAACAAUGAUUUAGUUUGAAGUGGAGAUUAUUGAAUGUGUUAUCAAUAUUUAAAUGUGAAUAUCAUUGGUUGGAUGGAGUAUUCAUUAUCUUCUGCAGAAAUUCAAGGGGAUUUGAAUAUACAGAAGUUGAUGUGAAUAAUGACACAUGUGCACACCUUUAUACGAAGACUGAGGUUACUCUUUUUAACAGAGAGGACUGAAAAACGCAUGAACCACUUGUUCUUUUUAUGGCUAAAUAACCAAAUUUUUUCUAACAGAACGAGAUGCCUCUGACAGCAGAGGUAUUUGUUUCACGUUUCUGGUUGAAUGUUUAAUACCCAUCAAGAUGUCAUGUCCAUCUACAGUGAAACCUGUCAAUAAAGACCACCCGAGGGAGACAGGAAAAGUGGACUUUAUAGGCAGGUGGUCUUAUGUACAGGUGCCUAUAGUACAUGUUUCAAUGAGAAACCAUUAUCAAGGGAAACAAAAAAUGUGGUCUUUGGAGACAGGUGGUCACUAUAGCAGGUUUGCAACUAUAGUAACACAUUCAUUCAUCCAUCUUCUUUGAAGGAAGGUGGAUAUGGUUAGAUGAUGUAAACAAUUUUAUGCAAACUGAUCUUCUUGCUACCAUAAGUACAGUCCCCUGUCCUGUGUAUUCUCUACUGUUCAUGAAAUAAGUAAUGUAUUCAAAUACUGGAUCAGUCUUUCGUGGGUAUAGGGUGUAAAUUUUAUUUAUUUUGUGAGAAUUUUUAGUACUAUUACAUAUUUUAUUGUAAUUUGAUGGAUAAAUGUUUCUGGAUUGAAAUAGGGUUGUUUUGUAUAAUAAUAUGCCUUAAUUUGAAAAGUGCUUGCAGUUGGAAAAGUUUUGUGGGAUUCUCGUAAAUGUAGGAAUGAAAUGCUU